AUGACACGGAAUUCUUUGAGCGAAGAAAGUUUAGUUCGAUUCGAACAGUAUCUCAGUACGAAUCCGUAUCGUGAAUAUUCUAUGAACAAACCGUACUUUCCGCGAACGUCUCAUGUUUUAUUACAUUCAACUCGUCAAAUCCCACAACAGCAAUCUUCGAUGCUCGCUUUUCAUCAAUCAUUGAAUAAUCCGAAAAAUUCGUCGACACUCGACCGCAUCGCCUAUAAACUUCGAAUGAAAUCCGACUUGAAUAUCGAUACACUUCGUGAAACGGAUGCUCGCCGUCGGCGUCAACAACGAAAUCAACAACAUACACCAUCGCAGAACUAUCUAAAUUUAGAAGCAAGCGAUAUUACUAGUUCAAUUUUCCCAUCAACCACGACAACAACAAAAACACUACCCCGACAGCCGCCAUCGACCACUAUGCCAGCAGAAACGAUGAAGACAUUAGCUAAUGAAGAUCUAAACGGUAUCGAAGGUAAUGCCGUUCGUGUCGGAACUGUCGACGAUCUUGUCAAACGAUUCCGUCCGGUAGAUUAUCAACUCGCUCAUCCUCCCAUCGAUUUCCUUGAAAGCCCAUCGACGUACGAUUCCACAAAUCUGUUAAAACACAAUCGAACCGUCGAAGUUAAAUCGCAUUCACAUCACCAACAAGAACGUAUAAUCAAAGAACCACAAGCAUUAACUGAAUAUCGAUUCAAAACUCCAACACUCCCAAGUAUUUCGAGACGAAUGCGUCGAGAGUCGGCCAAUCGUCAAGGAAGAUACUCUCAACCUCGAACACGAGAUCAGUACACAAACACUGACAAUCCAACAGAUGCAUCUUUAUUGAAUCAAUGUCCAUUGAAUUCACCGGACACACAUCGACAAAGAAUGAAUAACUCCACUAAUCAACCACAGCACGCAUCGGAAAUCAAUCUAUAUAAUAAACGAGUUCAAGAAUCACGUGAAAAGAGUCUAAUGCGUACAGAAAAGCAAUUGUGUGUUUGUAAUAAAUUGACUAUCAUUGAUCCAUUUACCUCGAAUAGUGAUCCUAUGGACACAGUCAUUGAUCAAUUUCACCAUCAACAAAUGCCGACAACAACAACAACAACAACAACAAAUUAUAUAUUUCCUCCUGUGCGCCCAUUUGGUUAUUUCACGAAGAAAUCCCUGAGUGAAGAAAUGCAACAAACAGCAAAUAUCGCAUCGCUUUCACCACGUCAUACAAAAAAGCAUGGAAUUACUAAAAAUCUCCAUCAAGUAUCCAAACAUGCAUCCGACACAUUUGAGAAAACUGGUCAUUAUCGAACAUUUACCGGUCGAAUCAAAUCAGUCGAUAGUCUGUCGGACUACGAUGAUGACGAUGAAGAUAAUGCCGAUAACAGUAAUCCACGACAUAACACAACCGUCGCUGGUGGUCCCAGCGUUCCUGUUACUCUUGUGCAAAAUAUUACUGAUGAUGACGAACUAUAA